AUGCUCAACGGUAUUUUCGAUCAUUGGCUGAUUUUCAACGAUGACUUCUCCGCUCUUAAUUCAAACGGCCGCACCACGACCGAGGUUGUUAUACCCACGGCAGUUGAAUCCGAAGCUACCGGUGUCAAAGACACCUUUGGUACAAUCAUGGACUGCAAUGGUCUGCGUUCGUCUGAUGCCUCUGUGCCUGUCGAGGUAAGCAUAACACCUCCUGUUGGUGGUGUAAAUCACGCUAAUGGGGAUCCAAGUCGAUGUCAUGUUACUCUUGGCAAUAACAGUUUUUACUUUAACCAAGUGAUGGACUACAUGAGUGAAGAAUCGAAAGCUUGCUCUCAGUUGAUGAAGGGAUAUGGCAUGACUACACCACACAGUCAGAGCUGGCUCUGGAUUGGCCAAUGGCAACUGUUGCCUGAGCCAGCGACGGGCAAGUCUGUGAACGGCGAACUCCUCUUCCUCGUUCUGGACUUGGUUAUUGCGGUGUUCGCUACUUAG